AGGUUAGAAGACCAGAUGUUGCACAGAUAUAUUUGAAAUCCAGGUAGAACAUUCAGUCUGACAUGAGAGCUCCGCUGAGGGUCUGUGAGCAAUCCAGCGACAUCUGCAAAUUCUUCAUGGUGAAGGAUAAUCUGGAACUUCGAACAGAAGACAGUGAAUGUUAGCAGUUUGCGGAGGAUUGUGUUCACAGGGAGAUGAUUCCUCAUGAAGUUUCUGGAUCCCCUUCAGAAAUCCAAUGUGACUUUCUGCUUAGCAGACUGAAAUCAGAACCAGCCAGGCAGUGAAGCCACAGAAGUGGAGGGCAGGGGACUGUGAAAAAUGAAAUCCAACCAGGAGAGAAGCAAUGAAUGCCUGCCACCUAAGAAGCGAGAAAUCCCCCCCACUAGCCUGCCUUCUGAGGUGAAGCCGUUAGUCCUGGCCACUGAAAACCACCGUGCAGAUAAUCUAACAUGGCUCUCGAGCACAACCAGCAGCCAGAGCAGCACGAGUGGACGAAACAGGCCUGGAGGGAGUUCGGUGGAGGCUGGUUCACAGCAGGGAAUAGGUUUACACAAAUCACUGUCUACGGGGAUAGAUUAUUCCCCACCUAAUGCUCCUCGGUCUGUUCCAGCCACCACGACACUUCCCACAGUGUACCCGCCUGCGCUCACACAGGCAGGGACGCCUGUAUCCCCGGUGCAGUACACACACUUGCAACACACUUUCCAGUUCGUUGGGCCCCCGUAUAGCGGACCAUACGCCGGAUUCAUCCCGUCCCCAUUGAUUUCCCCUACAGCCAAUUCUGCGCCUGGCACGGCAACCUCUGCCACUGCCGUCGCGACCACUCCGUCCCAGCGUUCCCAGCUGGAGGCUUAUUCCACUUUGCUGGCCAGCAUGAGCCAACAAGGGCACAAAGUUGAGCAGCAUCUAGUAAGGACCCCUGGAUUGAUCACAGCAGGGUCUCCGCCACCGACCCAGCAAAACCAGUAUGUCCACAUUUCCAGCUCUCCUCAGAGUGCCAUCAGAAAUGUUUCUCCUCCGGCCAUCCCAGUCCAUUUGCAUCCCCACCAGGCAGUGAUCCCUCACACAUUCACCCUCGGCCCCUCCUCCCAGGUGGUGGUGCAAUACGCAGACUCCGGCGGCCAUUUUGUCACUAGGGAGUCCGCCAAGAAGUCUGAGAGCAGCAGGCUGCAGGCGAUGCAAGUGAAAGAAAUACUCAAUGGGGAAAUGGAGAAGAGUAGGCGAUACGGCAUCUCACCGUCCUCAGACAUGACUCUCGUCAAAUCAGGCAAUAAACCAUCUCAUCAUUAUGAGGCCAGGCAUGUGGUGGUCCACUCGGGUCCUGCCGAUUACGUCUCACGGGAUUCCUCCAAUGUCCGGUCCUCUGUUAUGGUCAUCCCCAACAGCAGCACACCGACUGCAGAUAUGGAGGUCCAGCAAGCUACCAACAGAGAAACACCUCCUUCAGCUCUCAACGAAAAGGGAAGUUUGCAUUUAGGAAAAACAGCCCACCGAUCCUAUGCUUUAUCUCCACAGCAGACUAUGGGCCAGGACGGAGUGAAAGCAGUUGCCACUCUGUCCCCCCACACCGUCAUCCAGACCACACACAGCGCCUCAGAGCAGCUCCCGGUCGGACUGCCUACUGCGGCAUUCUACACUGGGACUCAGCCACCGGUAAUUGGCUAUCUGAGCAGUCAACAGCAAGCGUUCGGCUACCCUGGAAACCUGCCACAACACCUGGUAAUCCCCGGCACCCAGCCCCUGUUAAUACCGGUAGGCAGCGCAGACAUCGACUCUUCAGGGGUACCACCCGCUAUAGCCACUUCAUCCCCCCAGCUGGCAGCAGUGCCUCACACAUUCGUCACAACCGCCAUUCCGAAAAACGAGAAUUUCAGCGCUGAGUCACUAGCGAACCAGCCAGCUUACCAGGCAGCCGUCGUGCAGGCUCAGAUCCACCUCCCCCUGGUCCAGUCCUUACCUUCGUCCGCAGCCGCUCCUCCUACACUGCCUCCUUACUUCAUGAAAGGGUCAAUUAUUCAGUUGGCCAAUGGAGAGCUGAAGAAGGUAGAAGAUUUGAAAACCGAAGACUUUAUACAAAGUGCAGAAAUUAGCGGGGAUCUGAAAAUAGACUCCAGCACCGUAGAAAGGAUUGACGACAGCCAUAAUCCAGGCAUCGCCAUGAUACAGUUUGCGGUUGGAGAGCACCGAGCACAGGUCAGCGUUGAAGUCUUGGUAGAAUAUCCCUUUUUUGUAUUUGGGCAAGGUUGGUCGUCCUGCUGUCCCGAGAGAACAAGCCAGCUCUUCGAUUUGUCAUGUUCCAAACUCUCCGUCGGGGACGUCUGCGUAUCGCUUACGCUCAAGAAUCUGAAGAACGGCUCCAUUAAAAAGGGCCAGCCCAUGGAUUCCGCUAGCAUCUUGCUGAAGCACUCUAAGAACGACAGUCUAACUGGCGGGAGACAUAGGUAUGGAGAGCAGGAAAAUGGGAUUGAUCAGGGAAGCGCCAAGAUGUCGUCGGAGAACGGUGAACUGAAGUUUCCAGACAAAAUAGGAUUGCCUGCAUCAUCUCUGAUCACCAAAGCCGAACCCAGCAAGCCCGCAACAACUAGGAAGAGGAGGUGGUCAGCCCCUGAAACACGGAAACUAGAGAAGUCUGAAGAGGAGCCACCGUUGACUCUUCCCAAACCUUCUUUUAUUCCUCAGGAGGUUAAGAUUUGCAUCGAAGGGCGAUCUAAUGUAGGCAAGUGAAGUCUGUUUAGGGAAUGGAAAUUUAGGCUAUCCCUUUGUCAUUUUUAUCCAGAUUACUGUACUGUAGGCUAAAAAAAAAAAAAAAAACCCAGUAUUUACAUGUUAUCUUAUUUUAGGUUUAUGUUAAUAACCUUAUUGUUAUAGUUGCAGCUUAAUAUUAUGCAGGAGAUUGGUGCAUACUCUCCCCCCCCUCAGAAAAACUGUUCGUUGGUGACCAUUUUUAUCGAGAGAUACAGAAAGGGGCAGUGUCCACUUAAUCCCCCACCCUUUGUGGAAGCAAAUGUGGUUGACAGGGCUUCUGUGUCCCCACACUUCAAACAGGAAAAGCCUGAGAUUUCCCUGGCAGAGCAAAGGGGGGGGUGAACUGUAGCGGAGACGUGCGCUGUCUCAUGGUUGCCGUGGCGGGGGUGCACUGGUGGCUCCAUAGCUAUGUAGUUCGGUGGUUCUCUCAACGAAUCGCAGCUGGGAGUCCAACCCAGAGACCAUAACAGAGGAUCAAAGAGACCUCCGAAGCUUUACACAAUGAAACCACCUUUUUUUUAGUUUUUGAAAAAAUUGCCACAUAUUGUUCCACUUCCCCACUCCCUUCCUCGCGAUGGGGACUCGACUGCACUAUUUUUGUUGUUGUUGUUGUUAUUAUUAUUACUCAGACUUCCACACAGAGAUUCCUUUCAGCUUGUUAGUGUAGUGACGUAGCACAGGUGUAGCAUCCAAUUCUUGCUUUGCUGACUCUGGGAAUUUCAAUAAAGUAGGAGAUGGUUGUUGUAGGCCUACAGGGGGACUUGAGAGGGUGGGGACCUUUCCUGUCCUUGCCGGCGCUCCGUAGCCCUCGCAUUCAACAUCAGAGAGUUUUGAUGGAGUUUUGCCACAUUUGCUUCCACAGGGUAAAAACACGCUGCCCCUUUGGGAGAGCAAACAAAAGUUGUCUGCAUUUAGGUUGCAAAUCUUUGUCUUUAACUCUAGUACUGUUUUUAGUUUCUCAUCAUGGACAAUUAGUGCCACUUUCCUUUUUUUUUCCCCCUCCAAAUUUCAGUGUGACACAAAAGAAGUGGAUGUUGAAGAUGAACAUAGAAUGUCUUUAAGCACUUAAAAUGCUGUUCACACUUCUGUUGCCGAGCGUACCUGGCCCAACACUCAGCAAGUACUGUAUCUCACUUUUAAUCUCUUUGAUGAGAGAGAGGAAAAAGAGAAAAAAAAAAAAGAAAAUCGAUCUUUUCAACACUGUUAACUACAUGCAAACUAGAGUUUUUUCACAAGCAAGAUGUUGAAAGUUUUUCAUGUGGUUUCAAAGGGAUGAAUGUGAAUUAUGAACUGGUAUGUGACAGUCAUUGUCCACAAAGGACUACUUAAUAGGAGGCACUUUUAAAACUUUAAUGCUUGAGAAAGAGUUAAAGGCAUAUGCGAGCUGACAGAGUAAUAAAAAAAAGAAUAAGAGAGAGGAAAAAGGAAAGAGAAGAAAAAAAAAUCAUUAUUGUCCAGUGUUUUUUGAAAAAAGAUGGACUUUAAAGAACCUUGCAAUUUGCA